AUGGAGUGGUUCCACUGUAACGCCUGCUUUCAGACAUCUGGGCAAAACUUCGCUGUGUCCAGCUGUGGUCAUAUAUUCUGCGAGAGAUGCAUAAAUCUUAAGCAAUGUUCUGUGUGUCACACCAACUGCAACUACCUUCCAAUAUCUGAGCAGAUGAAGCCUCAAGAGCAGGUCUUUUUCAAAGACCCCAUGAAACUUAUUCAGACUCGAAUGGAGCACAUUGCACAGAUUGAUCUGUUCCAACGCAAACAGAAAGAAAGAGUCAUAGCUUUCUUUAGACACAAGUCCACAGAGCUGGAGAGAAGGCUUAAGGAGGUCAAUGAUCAGUGUUACAGACAAGUGUCGGAGCUGAAAAGAGAGAACGCAGAACUUCUGAAACCACUUUCUCAGAGGAGGUUGAGACUGCCAGUAUCACCAGGGACAUUUCAAACAAAUGGAAACACUCGAAGGAUGUCUCUUCCAGUGGCUGUUACAUCCCCUGCCACAGCCAAUCUGGAGAUAUCCUGGAAAGGUUCAGAGACAUCCACUCAGGUCAUAGCCUGGCAGUCAGGCCACAUGACCCCAAAUAACUUUCAGUUCCAGUUCAUACCAGGGUCAACACUUCAGUCACCCCGCCCAUGGCAUGGACACUUUCACUUUUGA